CAUCUCUUCUCUGCCCAAAGUAACAAGGAAAAACGCAGAGUUUGUAGAGUUUUGUUUCAGAGCCAGAGACUACCACGGGAAGAAGACCCAAUCAUGGGGGAAUGCCAAAUUAUAUUAGACGACGAAGAUUGGAAGAAGCUGCCGACACACGUGGCCCUUCGCCAUUCAUCUUCCAAAUCGGAAAAUCAACUUCAAGAACAAUCACAACAACAGAAAUGGUCCAUGGUUGUAAUCAGAGACUGCCUCCCAAACCACGACGACGAUUUGUCCAUCUUCCCUCCAAUCCACCAUGAAAACCUCCAUGUCCUUUCUUCGUCUUCCUCCUCCUCCUCCUCUUCCUCACUCUGGUGCACUCAAACCCAGCAUUCUCCAUCGCCAUCUUACCCCACUUUCUUAUUCGCAGCUCCCGACUCCGAUCACGAUCCGCAGUUUUCCUCAAUACCCUCUGAUUCCAUGGUCCCGGUGGUUGGCGACGGGGUCAACGGCUGGUGGAAUGUUUUGCGUCUCAAAAUGUUAAAUAUUGUCUCCUGGUUUCUGGGCUGUAAAAGGGGUCGUAGCAGAAGGACAUUUUGGUCGUCGUACCCGGCCAUCGGCGUGGCCGCGUUGGUCUUAUGGUGGUGGGUGUGCGCCAGAGUUCGACGACGGCGGAGGAAGCGGGAGAGUGUAGAUCGUUUGAAACUGAUGAUCAAAGAGAAAGACGAGAAGAUUAUGCAGCUAUUGAAUCAAAUCGCUCAAAUGAAUGAAGUAUUAGUGGCCCGUCACAGAGUCCUUACUUCAAAGAAUUAAGCAGAGGAGCCAUGGCAUUGGACUUAAUCUUCCAAGGCUAUGGAGGUUGACGGCAAGCCGCAAUCACCGCCCAGUUUUGGAGUUUGGAGCUGGAGCUCUCCGGGGAGUCAGAGCUGAUUGAAUCAUCCCACGUGGGUAUUGUUGCUAUGGGCUUCUGGCACUCCAGGGGCAUUUAAUUCCUUAUACGUUAGUUUUUUUCAUAGGAAAUUUCUUUGCAAAUCCAUCAAGAAGCAUUAGUUAGCAUAUAAUCUAUGAAUUACAUGGAAGAGAAAUUAUACUAGGAUUCCCCAGAUGUUAUUUGUUGGUGAUAUGUGUAGAUUGAGAUCAGUUAAUGAAAGGGUUGUCGGGUUGAAUGGAGA